UCUUUAGAGAGGAGAGAGGUCUGUACCAGGACAAGGUGUUCUGCUUCAUCCAUCUGAGUGUUCAGGAGUUUCUGGCUGCUCUUCAUGUUCACCUGACCUUCAUUAAGUCUGGGGUCAACCUGAUGGAAGAAAAACAAUCGGCUGUCCCUACAUUGUUCCACAAAUCAAAAAUAAUAUCUCUACACCAGAAUGCUGUCGACCAGGCCUUACAGAGUUCAAAUGGACACCUGGAUUUGUUCCUCCGUUUCCUCCUGGGACUCUCACUGCAGACCAAUCAGAGACUCCUGCAAGGUCUGCUGGGACAGACAGGAAGUAGCUCUCAGUCCAAUCAGAAAACAGUUCAGUAUAUCAAGGAGCAGAUCAGUGAAAAUGUGUCUGCAGAGAAAAGCAUCAAUCUGUUCCACUGUCUGAAUGAACUGAAUGAUCGUUCUCUAGUGGAGGAGAUCCAACAGUCUCUGAGUUCAGGAAGUCUCUCCACAGACAAACUGUCUCCUGCUCAGUGGUCAGCUCUGGGGUUCAUCUUGGUGUCAUCAGGAGAAGAUCUGGAUGAGUUUGAUCUGAAGAAAUACUCAGCUUCAGAGGAUGUUCUUCUGAGGCUGCUGCCAGUGGUUAAAGUCUCCAACAAAGCUCUACUGAGUAACUGCAACCUUUCAGAGAGAAGCUUUGAAGCUCUGUCCUCAGUUCUCAGGUCCCAGUCUUCACGUCUCAAAGAACUGGACCUGAAAGGCAAUAGUUUGAAGGAUUCAGGAGUGAAGUUUCUAUCUGAUGGACUGAAGAGUCCAAACUGCAAACUAGAGAAACUAAUCUUGUCAGGCUGCCUGAUCACAGAAGAUGGCUGUGCUUCUCUGGUAUCAGCACUCAAAUCAAACCCCCAUCAUCUUCGAGAGUUGGAUCUGAGCUACAAUCAUCCAGGUGACUCAGGAGUGAAAAUGCUUUGGGCUGGACAGAGAGAUCCACAUUGGAGACUUGAAACACUGAGGGUGGAGCCUGCUGGUAACCGAUAUUUAAAACCAGGACCAUUUAGAUAUUCAUGUCAGCUGACAUUUGACCGAGAUAUAAUCAACCAAAACUUCCAGCUGUCAAACAAUGACAGGAAGGUGACAAAUAUUCAGAAAGCUCAGUCAGAUACUGAUGAUCUAGACAGAAGAAAUAUUCCUCAGCUGCUGUGUGGAAAUGGUAUCAAAGAUUGUUGUUAUUGGGAGGUUGAGUGGAGAGGAAAAAUAGAGAUAUCAGUAAGUUAUAGAGGACUCCGAAGGAGAGGACUCACUAAUGACUCUGUGAGUGGAAAGAAUGAAGACUCCUGGUGUUUGAGUUGCUCUGAUGACGGUUACAGCGCCGUUCAUUAUAAGAACAGGAAACUCAUGUCAUCAACCUCUUUUCCCACUGUUUCUAACAGAGUAGCAGUCUAUGUAGACUACACUGCUGGUAGUCUGUCCUUUUACAAAGUUUCCUCUGACUCUCUAAUCCACAUCCACACCUUCAACACCGCAUUCACUGAUACCUUGUAUCCUGGAUUUACAGUCCUACCGGGUUCCUCGGUGUUCCUGUGUUGAGUCUUAAUUUCUUGCCUUCUGCACCGUACUCAAUGGUUGACAUACAAAUUGUUCAUUUGUUUUCGAGUUACUGCGGUUGUGACAUAUUUAGGUUUGAGGUCUAAUGAGUGAUACACCUUCCUCAGCCAAUUCUUUGCAAGUUAAGGCUACAUGUAGACUGAUAACAAAUUAAGAACAUUUAUGAUUAAAAUGCUGUCAGAAUGGUUUAUAAAUGAAAAUACCAUCUGGUUAUUGAUUUUUGCAAUAGGGAUCAGAAUUAUAUGUCUGUAAACUACAUUUUAUAUAAACAGCUCUCUUCACGUCUUUUGUACUGUUAAAAAUGAUCUGUGUUCUUACUUGUGUUUUAUUGUAAGAUGUUGACCUCUGAUGCUUGUACUUUCUCUGUUCUUAUGAAUAUUGCAUCGUAAAUAUAUGUGCAGUGCUACAAAAAUUAACUUCAGGCCAGAUUUUUUCUCCAGCUUUUUUGGCGAACUCAAAUUAUUCAA